GUGCAUAAAAUUUAAUUAGAGACUAAUAACCCUGCUGGUUGGCCCCACCUCGAGCUUGGCCCCUCCCUCCCAGUUUGCAGGAGGGAUGAUGGAUAAUCGGUGUGCGCCUCACUCACUACUUAUAGACAAGACAAGUCGAGUCUGUCCCAAACCGAUUCUACUGAGACGCACAGAAGAGAACAGGACUGAUUGUUUCCCCAGCUUGGUGGAAGCUUAAAAAAAUCUGUUUAGGAUAAACUCCACAAAAACAGGUUGUCUCAGCUUCCGGACUCCUUUUGGCCGCAAUGAGUUGGGGGGCUCUCUACGCCCAGCUAGGUGGCGUCAACAAGCACUCCACCAGCCUGGGGAAGAUCUGGCUUUCUGUCCUUUUCAUCUUCCGCAUCACGAUUCUGGUCCUGGCUGCGGAGAGCGUCUGGGGGGACGAGCAGUCAGACUUUACGUGCAACACGCAGCAGCCCGGCUGCAAAAACGUCUGCUACGACCACUUCUUCCCCGUGUCGCACAUCCGCCUGUGGUGCCUGCAGCUGAUCUUUGUAUCCACGCCGGCCCUGCUGGUGGCCAUGCACGUCGCCUACAGAAAACGGGGUGAUAAGAGGAACAUGCUGGCCUCCAAUGGCACUGAAAAGAUGACAGAUACUGAGCUGCAGACGCUAAAGAGGAGGCGUCUGCCCAUUACAGGCACUCUGUGGUGGACCUACACCUGCAGCUUGUUUUUCCGGCUCAUCUUUGAGGGGGGGUUUAUGUAUGCGCUCUACUUUGUCUACGACGGCUUCCAGAUGCCCCGGCUGGUGAAGUGCGAGCAGUGGCCUUGCCCCAACAAGGUGGACUGUUUCAUCUCCAGGCCAACUGAAAAGACCGUCUUCACCAUCUUCAUGGUGGCUUCAUCUGCCAUCUGCAUGGUGCUGAAUGUGGCCGAGCUCUUCUACCUCAUUGUAAAGGCGGUCAUGAGAUGCAUGACAAGGUCCAGCAGGAGGAAACACACUUACCCAGACAGCGUGACACGGGAUAACAAGAAGAAUGAAAUGCUGCUGUCUUCUUCCACAGAUUCAUCCAGCAACAAGACCAUGUGUUAGAGACAAGAGAAAGGUGUAUACUGUAAAUCCAACCUCACGAGUUGUGUCUACGUCUUGGUUACUGGGAUUUGUCUCACGAGAUAGUGAAACAGCUUUGGAUCUGUAUAGUUGGGGUUGACUGUAAAGACCUGACGGAGUUCUCCGAACAAACACAUUGCCAGAUAGUAACGUAAAGAGUAAAACAAGUGUCAAACACUGAGUGGUUGCAACCAUUUCACUGUCCACAGUUGAAAUUUGCUUGAACGUGGCGAAAUCUGCCUGAAAAAUGAGCCUACACUGACAUCUAGUGGUGACAGUGGACCCUUAACGAGCACAAACGCCUUCACAACAGCCUGAGUGAUCGAUUUAUCCGAGGAGAACAAAUGAAGUUUUGAGAAGAGAAGCAGAGUAUGUUUAGCUUUUAGCUGAUGAGAUUGAUUUUAAGUUCACAGUACCUGAUGUGAUUACGCUUAAUGAACAAGUCUGAUUUUUCUGUUUUAGAAUGAAAUCACUGAUCUUCGCUGUUUGAUCAACUUCAUAGGUUCUUUUUUGGGGGGGUUGUAAAUGUUUCUUUACAUGUGUUAGACGACAAAAGAUUUCACACGUGCAUACCAUUUCAUUCAAAAAUAUGAAGAACGUAUAUGUUUGUACUGUAUCAGAUGGUUUUUCAUCUACUGCCAGCAAGUUCAAGAAUCCCCCUGAACAGAUCAUGCUGCACACAUGUGAAUUCUUUUCUGUGAAACUGAAUUCCAGACUGGAUCUAAUGUAAAAGAAGGCUGAAACCAGUGACGUGACACAGGAGUUAUGAUACUGUGUACUCUUUUAGGUGUUAGGAUUUCAUGUUUUUCAAGUUUAUAGGGUGUAGGUUUAAUUUACUUUGACCAUUUCACAUUCAGAUAGGGUUCCUCCUCAUUCACCUUGUGACUUCCAAUCCUGCUUUUUUGGAAACACCAGAAGUCGCUCAGCCCCAGAUCUGCUCCUGUGUUAUUUGAACUUGCAUUGUUUUUCUUGCAGUGUGUACUGACCCCAGCUGGCUGUAUCAGCUUUCAGCAUGUGCCUUAUUUUAGCCACCAGACUAAUCACUGCUAGGCACCGUGGCCGUGAAAAUGUCUUUGUCCUUCUUCCAUCCAGGAAUAGCCAAGCGGGAUCAGUCAGACUGUUCCAAAGUGUUGGUUAGACGUGUCGAUUCCACCAUAAUUAAAAAGAAACCACAGUGAGCUGUAUACUGAUGUUACAUAAGUGAUGCAGCUGGGACCAAAACUAGUCUGUGUGCCUGCUCUGCACUGACCUUUGACUUCUAGCUUUCUGUAACAAGCCUAAUGACAUUUUCUGAUGCUACUUUUUUUUUUAUAACAGCGAUGUA